AUGGAAGAGGCUGAUGUACCAUCAUUUAAAUGUGUCCUUGUUGGUGAUGGUGGUACUGGCAAAACUACCUUUGUCAAACGCCAUUUAACUGGUGAAUUUGAAAAAAAGUAUGUUGCCACCUUAGGGGUAGAAGUGCAUCCCUUAGUUUUCCACACCAACAGGGGUCCUAUUCGCUUCAAUGUAUGGGAUACUGCAGGUCAGGAGAAGUUUGGUGGACUUAGGGAUGGAUACUAUAUUCAGGGUCAAUGCGCUAUCAUUAUGUUUGAUGUUACUUCAAGGGUAACCUACAAAAGUGUUCCUAAUUGGCAUAGAGAUUUAGUACGCGUCUGUGAAAACAUUCCCAUAGUACUUUGUGGAAACAAAGUAGAUAUUAAAGAUAGAAAAGUGAAAGCUAAAAGUAUCGUUUUCCAUAGAAAGAAGAACCUUCAAUACUACGACAUCAGUGCUAAGAGUAAUUACAAUUUUGAAAAGCCUUUUCUGUGGUUGGCUCGAAAACUGAUCGGUGAUCCAAAUCUAGAAUUUGUUGCUAUGCCUGCUCUGUUGCCUCCUGAAGUUAACAUGGAUCCUGAAUGGAAGGACCAGAUUGAAAGGGAUCUCCAGGAAGCACAAGACACAGCACUUCCUGAAGACGAUGAGGACCUGUAA